AUGAUCGACUCUGCAGUCCUCCCGCGCGACAUCCCCGAGCUCGACUUCAAGCUGUUCCGGCCCAGCAAGACCGGCCUUGACCUGUACGACCCCACGUCCGCCACGGCCAUCACGCCCGACAUCGACCGCCUCCACGUCGACUACGCAUCCCGACGCAUGUCCGCCUCCGCCUCCUCCGUCGACUCGGAGCUCUCCUCCGCCCACAACAAGCGCGCCGCCUCGCCCUCCGACGUCGGCUCGCCCCAAUCCGACUACAAGCGGCCCCGCACCGACGCCGAUCUCGCGGCCGCCGUCGCCGCCGAGCAGCCGCCCUACCCCACCAGCGACCCGGACGCCAGCGGCAAGGUCCAGCUGCCGUCCAUCUGCUCCUUCGGCGACUCGUACCGCCGCGCCUCGCCCGACGACGCGCGCGCCAAUCGCGGCGGGCCGCAAUAUACGGUCGAGUCGGCGCGCAGCGCCCCGGCCUCGCAGUUGAACACCUACCAGUUCCCGCCGCCGCCUGCCGAGCAGAGCCAGGACGGCCGGCCGCGCGUCAACACCCACCUCUCGCCCAACGGCGCAUAUACCUCCUCUCCUUACAGCGCGACCACCGGCUCGUCGUCGUCGUACUACGGAUACGGGUAUUCGGCGGGUACCACGCCGUCUUCCGGCUGGCCCGCCAGCGCCAUCUCGCGGCCGAGCUCCACGCCCAACGAGCCAUCCGAAAAAUACGAGGAAUCCGUUCGGCAUCACGGUCCGGUCGACAUGUUCGCCGGUAUCGCCCGCCUCACUGCCCAGGACAGGAGGUAUUCGACCACGUCCGCGACGGCAGAUUACUCCCUCUCGCCCGAGACUCACCCCGGGUCCUACCCGUCGACGCCGAUUCCUUCGAUUGCGGUGAGCAGCCACACGUCCAACCACGGCGACCAGUCGUCCGCGAACCAUGACUCGCCGUCGAUCCAACCCGCGGUUCCUAUCGUCCCCAGUAACCUCGUCGAGCGGGCGCCUCGCAAGCGAGGAAAGCUGCCGAAACCCGUCACCGAUUAUCUCAAGGAUUGGCUCCACCGCCAUUCAGACCACCCGUAUCCCAGCGAGGAAGAGAAGAAACAACUCUGCCACGCUACGGGCCUGAGCAUGUCUCAGGUUUCCAACUGGAUGAUUAACGCUCGCCGACGCAUCCUUGCUCCAGCCCAACGCGCUGCCCAAGCCCCCACCACGACUGCGCCCUAUGCCGCUGGCCGCGCCGCUUCCAUGACCUCGACUCUCGUGGCGAACGCCCGACGCGCGAGCAUGCCAACGUCUGUGGGCUCAGACUCUAUGCAGCUCUACCACCCGUCGUCGAUGGGUGCGAUAUAUGGGCAUCCGCAUUCGGCGCACGCUGGAGCCGCGGACUAUCUUCGGCUGAGCAUGCCCAGGACGGCCCAUGGAGGUUACGGAUCGAUGGAGUAUUCCGGCUAUCGCCUCACGUACCCCGGGGCACAUGGUCAUCCGCAUGCGGCAGGAGGCUACGUAUCGUCCGGGAUCCCCAUGUCAGCCCCGCCAUCCCUCGCAGGCGGCCCCUUCAGCGCGGGCAUCUCCGGCUCCAUGCAGGCGUUGUAUGCGCCUUCGGCGUACAGGUCGCAGCCCGCCCCCGCGACGGCGAACCACGACUCGGCGACGCCGCCAACGCAGGAGCAAAACGGCGACGCGCGCUACUACGGUGGCUCACAUACGGCCUCUCCACAGCCCGGGAACGGGUACACGACGCCGCAAUGAUUCGACGACUUAUCGCUCGCCCGCCUCGCCACGGUUAAAAUAAAUUAACGCCACCCACCCUCUCGUAAUCGACCCAGACGGAUAGGGCAGCAUUGUAAAAUUGACUCCCUCAUCCGUGGACGCAUAUGCACGCAACGGAUGUUCGUCCGCCUUCUUCUUGCUCUCAGCAUCAUCAUCCACGGGAACGGAACCAUGAACUAUAGCUUUCUUGGACUUUUUCUCUCUUUCUUAGCUUUUAUGGCUAGACUAGGAUCGGUCUUUCACUUUACUUCCCGGAUCGCGCAUUCCC